AUGUUAUCAAUCACUUUCUUGAUCAUUUCUGUUUUUACAUUUUCUGGUUAUGUGUAUGGUCAAAAUCCAAAAUGUGAAGCUUUUAUUGAUUUAACUCUUAUUAUUGAUUCAUCAGGUAGUGUACCUUCAAAUGAUUUUGAACAAGGUAAAAAAGCAUUGAUUGAUCUUGUUAGUCGUCUUAAUGUUGGUGUACAAAAAGCUGGUGUUGCUAUUAUUAAUUAUGCAUCAACUAUGGAACUUAGUGCAAUAAAUGAUGUAUAUGAAUUUGAUCGUAGAGAAUUACUCCAACAAGUAGCUGCUUUAAAACAAAUAGGUACUAAUACAGCUACAGGUGAUGCUCUAGAUUUAGCAAAAAAUUACUGUGAAGCCCGAUGUCGAAGUGCAGGACAAGGAAUUCCAAGAGUCUUUGCUAUAUUUACUGAUGGACAAAGUAAUGAAGGUCUUCCUGCAAUACCAGCUGCUAAAGCUUUACGUUCAGCACCAAUUGAAGGAACAGUUUUUGCAGUGGGUAUUGGAAAUAUUGGUACAGUUGGCAAAGCUGAAUUACUUGACAUUGCUGGUGAUUCGGAUUAUGUAAUGAAUAUUGAUUCUUAUCUCGAUUUAGCUCGUAUUACAAAUGCUAUAACAGAAAAAAUGUGUGAAUUUCCUGCAUUUGUUUUACCAGAUACAAAAAUUCAAAGUGAAAUGUCAGCAAAUUCAAGUCGAUAUUUUAAAAUGAAUACAUUGAAAAAGAAUGCAUUUUUUGAAAUCGAAUUAAAUGAUCGAGAAGGACAAGCUUUGAUAUACACAUCGACAACAAAUAAAAAUCCAUCAUCAUAUUCAUCAAGAAGUAUUAGUCGUCGUGCUGUUAAUGGUACUGGAAAAGUAUAUACAACAUAUGUACCAGCAAAUGCAAAAAAUUUCUACUUCAGUAUCAAAGGUGUAGCAGGAAAAAUUAAUAAAUCGGAUUUUAUUGUCCGUAUUCGUUCACUUGGUUUUUAA